UAAAUAAAGACUAAAAUAUUUGAAUUGAUGAACAAACUCGAAUUAUUUCAAAACAUUGUAUCAUCAUUCAUUUGUGAAUUGAUUGCCAUUUGUGUUGGAAUUUAUUUUAUUAUCAGAAAUGGAUCCAAAAUAUCAUUAUCAUUAUUGGAUUUUGUCAUCAAUCAUUGUUUUUAUUUGGAUCAAUUCAUUAUCGAUUGAUUGUCAAGCAUAUAAUGGACCAAUUUAUCGACAGGUUGAAGUGUUUGUAAAUGUUUAUGAUCAUCCAAAAACUGGAUUCUCUUGUCAUGAUAAACAUCCGGGUCAAUAUUAUGCCGAUCCAGCAACAAAAUGUGCUGUAUAUUAUGUUUGCAUACCGAAUCCCACUGGUACAAUGAGUGCACAAAGUUUUGCCUGUCCCAACGGUACUAUCUUCUCACAAGCUACCCGUGUUUGUCGUCCACAUGAAGAAGUAUUUUGUCCAUUGGCAUCUAGAUAUUAUGAUAGUAUCGAUGGUAGUAUCGAUAAUCCAAGUGAACAUGUCGAAUCGGCAGUGAAACCAGUAGCCGUUCCAUCUAGACCACAGAAAUUUUCAAGCCAUACGAAUAAACAACCAAAAUCAUUACCCAUCAUAGCAUCAAAUAAUAAUAAUAAUAAUAAUAAUAAUCCGAUACCAAAAUCUGCACCACCAUCAAUAUCUUCAUCUUCAUCUUCAUCGCAUGGCAAUUCAUUCAAUAUAAAUAGAAAUUUUCGAAAUAGUCGUACAAUAAGCUCAACCAGUACAACAACAUCGACUACAACACCAGCACCUUUGCCAUUAUCAUCUUCACAACCAUCACAACCAUCAUCAGAUUUAGGUGUAGCCGAUUAUGAAUAUGAUUACAGUGAUUAUAAUGAAACUGGUCUGGUAAAUGCCGCAUCAACAUUAUUACAAUCAACUAUAUUAAAUUCACAACAAAAAGAUUCCAUAUCAAAUAGAGUUGGUAAUCAAGGUAAUAAUGAUCAUGAAGAUGAUAACAUAUCGAAUGAGCGACGACGACGAAAACGCUAUAUUAGCCUACAACAGCAACGUAAAGAAGAACAUAUGAAUCAUAAAUUAAGUGAAUCAUUAUUAGCCGAACGUACCAAAAGUUCAGAAUCAUUUCAGAUUCCAACCGAAAUUUUCAGUUGUGAAGAUAAAAUUCAUGGUUUAGCUUAUGCUGAUUUAACAAGCGAUUGUCAAAGAUUUUUUGUCUGUCUAUCGAUUACCAAAGGUAAAAUGAUACCUUAUCGAUUCGAUUGUGAACAUGGUAAACGUUUUAAUCAACAAAAAAGUGGAUGUGAUUCAAAAAUCGAUUCAAAAACCUGUCAAAGAAAUAGCAAACAUUAUUAUGUCUAUAAUAAAUGGUUUAAACAAAGUAAAAAACAUUUACUAAACAAAUCGAUUUAAUAAAUGAGAAAAUAAAAAAGUA